GUCAUAGCAACCGGCAUGGAGACAAAGAAGCUUCCUAACCUAAUCUUGCGGAGUCAGCGGCAGUUCAGGGAUUUGUUAGCUCGACUCCAGAAAUGUGAGGGUUUAAAAUAUGUAAAUCCAUAACCUAGCACUUGGUAAAUCAACCUAUACACAAUUGAUCUACCUGAAGAACUUGGUAUGAGCAUGGGAUACACCGAGUAUAUGGAUCCAAAAAGAGGAAAUGCACCACCAUAGGAAACCGGAGGUGGAGGAGGUAAUGCAUCGCCUGGCCCAGGCCACAGUCUGACUGGACCACCCAGAGGACAGAUGAGUUUAAAAAGCAGCCCGUUCUGCCCUCGGUCGUCGAGCAGACUAACUCAGUGCAUUAUUCAAGACCAUAUGGUGUCCCAUUAUAAAAAGGUAUAUUCAGCUAAAGCUGCCAUUGAUUCAUCAGUACCCAAAAGUAUGCUAAGCAGUGUAAAAUACAAUGACCAGUUACGGCGGGAGCAGUUGAGGAAAGAUGCGUCCAGGUCUGAUAGACGACCUCAGUCAGCUGGUUCACACUCACAGAGGAGCAGCAGAGCCAACACCAAAGCCUCCUGCCCAUCACAAAAUACGCAAAGUGGAGCAGGUCAAGAAAGUGCCUAUUUCUACCUGGGAAGCUCAAUGAUUUCUACUCCAAGAAUCAACACCUCCUUUCACACCAAGCAAAUAGUUUACCCGUCCCAAAUGGUCGGAGGGUCUGGGAGCCCCCCGCACUUCUUCCACUGUGCAUCAGAGUACAGCUAUAGGAGCCCAAACUCCCAGAGGCAGCAGCCAGCCCGCUCCACCACAGGUACCCAGAGUGGCUACAAGGCCUUUCAGGACCCUGUCCAGAAGACCUACAGUGGGGACCUGAUUCAGAAACACGCCCACCGCUUCACCCAGGACAAGCCCUUCACUCCCAGGACUCUGAAGUCAGACAGCAGGUCCUAUCUGUCUCAGUAUCGCUACUACACACCUCCUCGCGGUAAACCAGCCCAGGACCAGGAGAGGACCAUCCCCAGGCUGACACGGCAGGAGACCUAUCAUGGAAGCACACGAACCAAGGAAUGCUCAUCGGCUGAAUGGGAUGAUCAACCCCUGGGACAUGGUACAGAGCAUGAGUGGUCGGAUGCAGACGAUGAGUCCCAUACACUGAAUCUGUCAGCAUUUGGACAACGAAGCAAGGGAAACAAGAGCGUAAGCAGCGAUCACUUCCAUCCCUCAUUCAGGGUUUCACCAGAAGGAAUGACAUCUCCUAUCAUGAAGAGGGUGUCUGCAGAGGAGGAAGAAUUUAUGUACCUUGAAUUUAUUGCUGAUGUAACAAAUGAAAUCUUGUCCAGGGGCCUGUACUCUGACAGGGUCUUAGAGCGGGUGUUUGAACGUCACGUUGACAAGAAUAAACAUCUAUUGGAUGAGGACAAAAUGUGCCACCUUCUGGAGACUCUGCGCAAUGACUUGCAAAGUCCAGCCAACACACCUACCUUUAGUGCAGAGCCUAAGAAUGGUGAGGAGACAGAGCUUGGCCUUCUUCAUAGUCAUCUACAGGGUCUGGAGUCUCUGGACAGAGGAGCACUAUCAGAAACCAAAGAGGACAAUGACCUUUUUCCCUAUGCAUUGUUUAACCAGGACAGUGGUGGGCUGGAGAAUGUUGUUCCAUUGUCAGUGUCCACACCGUUAUAUGGUAGCCCUCCUAAGAGGACUGACUCUGACAGUCUGCCUGUUGGUUCACCUGAUGCUGAUGGAGGUGCAGAGGGCCUGGAUGAGCACAAUCAUGACAGGGAAAAUUACUUUCCUCCUUCACUUGGUGAAAAUACCCCUCUGACCCUUGAGGAAGACCACAAUCAAAACCUAGAAGACAAUUAUGGUGGACUAUCCAAAGACCUGGAAGAUCUCGAGAGAAAUCUGUCCGAGUCAUUGCAUGUUUCCAAUGCGCCUAAUUCCGCAGGGCCAGUAGUCACUGAGAAUAUAAACACAGUAGCCUCUUUCAGUGAUGAUGAGUUCUGAUUUUAUUAGUAUUUUAGGGAUGAGUUUUGUAGUCAAAGGAGACUAUUUUCGAUAACAACAAUUUGAUAUAGGUUUUUGCAUCUUAAAUGUGUUUUAUAAAUGGGAGCUGAUAGGUAUAUCUCAUACUUUUUGCCUAUUCCUGUUCUGGGCACCAUUGCCAUGUGUAUUUCCAGUACAAAGUAUUGACCAAUAUAUAUUUGGAUUAUUGUUACACAAUGAUGAGAAGGAACUAGACCGUAUAUUCAUAUUUUACAGCAACCUGGCAUGAAGUAAUUAAACUGACAGUUCACAAAUGAGUGCAAUAUGAGCAGAACUAUAGAUUUGCAGUGAUGGUGCUGAAUAAGGUAAAUCAAGCAGGGAGGCAGCUGUCCCAUUUCUGUACUUGGCAUUCCGGCUGUAUGAUGUCAUGGCCUCAAUCUGCCGUGUAUUACGCUAUUGUUGAGGAACUACUCAAACUUCUAUAAGGAAUACAACCGAUUAAACCAUAGCUAGUGGACCUGAA